UAUGGUUGCAAAUGAUGAGCUGUUGGACCGAGCCAGUGACAGCGGAGCAGCGACGGCCGCGCUACAGCAGUGCGAACUCAUCCAGAACAUCAUUGAUAUCUCGAUCUCCAGUUUACAAGGGCUCCGGACCAAAUGUGCUGCAUCGAAUGACCUUACUCAACACGAGAUACGCACUUUAGAGGUCAAACUGGUGAAGUACAUCUGCAAGCAGUUACAGUGUAAGCAGAGGGUGCCAGACAGUGAAAGGUCGGCAGAGUUGGACAAUUAUCCACACCUACGGGACUGGUUUUUCACCAUUAACGUCAGGCCUGAACUCAUAGAGGCAGUGCCUGUGAAGUUAUCCCUGGAUGCCUUGUUGCAGAUGUCCGGACCUCAGGUGCAGGACACGAUGAGGAAACUGGGCUCCAGCUCGGAGGAGUGCUCGCGGAUCACUGCUGCCCUCUCCUGUUUAAAGAGCGCCACAGACACAGGUGACGACCUGAGAGAAGACGGGAUCCCGUGGAUAGCUGAGCCGACCAGGCGCGACAGUAGUACCUUGAACCCCCCAGACCAGCUCUCCUGCCCCCCAAGGUCCCCCCGCCCCCGCCCCCGAAGCCCAAACCCAGCGUGUCUCUCCGCACCACGCUCCGUGUCUGUGUCGGCUGUACCUUCCCCUGACUUCCAGAUUCCUCUCAUCCACACCUGCGACGCCCUCUCAGACCCUUUCCCCUCCUCCCCGCGGGUUGUCCCCGCCCACAGACAAGCUGCCACGCCUCCCGUCACACCACCCUCCAAGAAAAGAAACCAGCUGACGACACCCCACACACCCCCACCCACUUCUCGGAGACUGUUACAGCUCCUACCCAAUAUAACCUUGACACGGAGCAAGAGCCACGAGUCCCAGCUGGCCAAUCGUAUCGAAGAGCCUGCCACUCCCAGCAAGAGCGGGAAGAAGAACAAGCCUCACCUGAACGUGCAGGUGAACGGUGGGGCGAACGAAUGUGACUCGCCCUCUCGCUCCCCUCUGCUCUCCGCUCGCACACCAACCGCCUGUGGCGCCUACACCCUCCCGAACACGCCCACCCUGCUGGAGGAGCAUGUAGGGCUGAGAACAGUCCAUAGGAAUUCCCCACAGACCACUAGGAGAGAUAUUGGCCUGGCUGUUACACACAGGUUCUCCACUAAGUCAUGGCUAUCUCAGACAUGCCAGGUGUGUCAGAAGAACAUGAUGUUUGGAGUGAAAUGCAAACACUGCAGGUUAAAGUGUCAUAACAAAUGUACCAAGGAAGCUCCAUCGUGUAGGAUCUCUUUUCUCCCAUUUCCUAAAAUCAGAAGAACGGAGUCAGUCCCAUCAGACAUUAACAACCAGGUGGACAGACCUGCGGAGGCGCCUCAGUUUGGCACCUUACCGAAAGCGAUAAAUAAAAAGGAACAUCCCCCGUCACUCAGCCAAAUGGACUCCAGCAGUAACCCCUCCUCCACCACCUCCUCCACACCCUCCUCCCCAGCCCCGUUUGGACAGAGCAAUCCACCCAGUGCCACACCUCCUCCGAACCCUUCUCCAAAGGGUUACCGUGACAGGUUCAACUUCCCAGAUGUUCCUGGCUCUUCAUAUCCGGUCAUCUCACAGCCUGAUGAGUGUUACAACACAGGAGACACUGACACAACGGAUGGUGAGCUUAGCAAACAGAUGUUGGAUAAAAAGGAAACUGUGAGGGAGGAGGAAGCGGAGUACGACGAAAACGAAGAUCGCGGCGACAUAGAGGAGGAUGACGAAGGCAGCGUGGGGCGACAGAAGGGCGGUUCGGACUGCGAGCGGGACAGCGACGGCGACGAGCUGGACGACCUGCCGUGUGGCAGGGGUCGCUCGAGAAGAGGACCCAUCUCACGCAAAGCCAGCCAGACCAGCGUGUACCUUCAGGAGUGGGCGGUUCCAUUCGAGCAGCUGGAGCUGGGGGAGCUGAUAGGGAAGGGGCGGUGGGGGAAGGUCCACCGCGGACGCUGGCAUGGCGAGGUAGCUGUACGCCUGCUGGAGAUCGACGGAAACAACCAAGAGCACCUGAAACUCUUUAAGAAGGAGGUGAUGAACUAUCGGCAGACGCGUCACGAGAACGUGGUGCUGUUUAUGGGCGCAUGCAUGAACCCCCCACAGCUGGCCAUCAUCACAAGUUUUUGCAAGGGCCGGACGCUCUAUUCUGUCGUCAGAGAUUCCAAAAAUAGUCUGGACCUCAACAAGACAAGGCAGAUCGCUCAAGAAAUUGUGAAGGGAAUGGGCUACCUUCAUGCAAAGGGAAUUGUGCACAAGGACUUAAAGUCCAAGAACGUGUUCUACGACUCAAACAAAGUGGUCAUCACAGACUUUGGCCUGUUUGGCAUGUCUGGUGUGGUCCAAGAAGGGAGGCGGGAAAACGAGCUGAGGAUACCACAUGGUUGGAUUUAUUACCUGGCCCCUGAGAUCGUGCAGAGGAUGGCUCCAGGGACGGGUGAGGACCGUCUCCCUUUCUCCUACGCCGCCGACGUUUACGCCUUCGGAACCAUCUGGUACGAGCUGCAGGCGCGAGACUGGCCCAUCACCAAGCAGCCGGCCGAGGCCCUGAUCUGGCAGGUGGGCAGCGGACAGGGGGUCAGGAAGGUCCUGUCUCAAAUCAGCACAGGCAAGGAGGUGACGGAGAUCCUGUCGGCCUGCUGGUCGUAUAACCUGGAGGAUCGGCCCACCUUUACUGUGCUAUCUGAUCUGUUAGAGAAACUCCCCAAACUCAACCGCAGACUCUCCCAUCCAGGACACUUCUGGAAAUCCGCCGAGUACGUAUCCUAAGAACCGGAUGGGGGUCUGGCUGACGGACCAGGGGGUCU